UCACAUGACGCGGCCGGCCGGCGCUCGCUCUCUCGACCCGAACUCUCAGUCAGACGUGAAGCGAAUGUUUCACAGUAACGACGUCGAUGUGUCAAGUUUAUUCGUAAACACGCGAUAUUAUAUUUAAUAACAUUCACAUAAGAAUGAAUCACGAUGACUUAAAAUUGUGUUAAUAGUGCCAAAGGAUGAAAAUGUGACAAUAGUGAUAAGUGUUUGUGGUGAUAUUGUGAUUCCUUGUUACAAUCGUGAGAUAUUUUUGAAUAUGGAAACUCGUCAUUAUUGGGAGGAGAACGGACAUGUCAAGUAUGACAAUUACAACUCUAACGAUGGCUUCGGUCGUGUGGCCAGCGGGGGCGGUAACGCAGUCGCGGGGGAACAGCUGGCGUUCGCAGCGCCCUCCGAGGACGAGGCGGACUUCGCUAACUACAAGAAGGGGAAGGUGUUGAGGCAAGAUCCGAUGUCGCAUCGGAUCAUAGAGAAGCGCCGACGCGACCGUAUGAACAACUGCUUAGCGGAUCUGUCGCGUCUCAUACCCCCCGAGUACCUCAAGAAGGGAAGAGGAAGGGUAGAGAAGACAGAGAUUAUAGAGAUGGCUAUUCGACAUCUCAAGUACUUGCAGGAUCGCGUCAAUGCAAGCGAGGUACAGGCGGGCAGUGGGGAGGGUCACUACCGCGCGGGGUACCAGGAGGCGGUAGGCGAGGCGCUGCGCUACCUGUCCGAGGCGCACGGCUACCCCGCUGAUGGUUUGUGCGCGCAGCUCGCUACCCACCUGCAGCGGCAUUGCGAUCACAUCACCAAAGGGGAUAACAGUCGAGAUAAAGGUCGGUCGCUGGGCUCGGCCUCAGAGACGGCGAGUUCCUCCAGCAGCUCGCUGGGCUACGGCAAGGCGCAGCCCCCGCCUCGCCCUCCGCCCUACGCACCAGACCUCUAUGAUGCCAACAAUGACGGACCUUACAACAUGGACUGCGACAGAGUGAGGGGUGCAGUGGAGAAUGGCCGCGCCACAUCCCCUGUGUGCGGGGAGGAGGGGGAGGGGGCGGGGGAGGGGACGGGGGACAAGCGCGAGACUCUGCGCAAGAUGCGCAAACCCGACCACGACGACUACAUACACUCCUACAAGUUCAAGAACUCCAUCGAGAGACGCUUCUCCAGGUCGCAGGACUCCGAGGCGGCGGAGAGUCAGGCGCGCGCGGCCAAUGGCAAGCCGUACUCACACAAGCGUCGCCGUCCCGCGCGACCCGCGCCCGCCGCCUCCACCUCCGCCUCCAUCUCCACCUCCACCUCCGCCUCCGCAUCCACAGAGGAGGCGCGCGACACAUCGCCACAGGACACAAGCAGCGAGUCCCCGCACCGGCACCAGUACGAGCAGUACGAGAAGCCGCCGCAAGCACAGUUUGUGCCUGUCUUUGCUCUCAACUCCCUCGGCAAGUACUAUGUACCUUUAUCUGUGGAGUACGGGUGUGUGUCGCGUCAACUCCGCGCAUGCGACGUGUUGGAUGCGCGUGCGCCGCUCACAGCGCUACAUCCCGUCACUAUACAUGUCAACUUUACACCCUGCCUCAAUUACCAUGUUAAACGAGACCCUGACCCCGACUGGCGACCUGUUUAGACCCCCACCACCCCCCACUAACACUUGUAUAAACACCCCCAUGCUGAUACCUUCCCGUUCAAGUCCCGUCAAAAUCGGUCAAACCGUUCUGAAAAUUAGUUGGAAACUUUUUAAGCCU